AUGAACGAUAUUGACAGCGGCGUGGCCAAAGGUGGCACCCUCCUGUUUACCUUCAAGCCUCUCGAUCGUAUUGGGCUGAAGCAGAAGAAGGUUGCUUGGAAGGUUAUUCCGUUCGCGGCAAACGCUCCUGAGGCUAACGUAUAUUCUAGGUUGGCAUUCAUUGCCCCUCAGGUCUCUGACGGUAACCGCAUCAACCCAUCUACCUACGAAGCAGUGAACGUUGGUGAUGCAGUCAGCUAUGAUCUUGACGGGGAUGGACAACUCGUUAUCAACGU